ACAACGACUAUCAUGGCCGAUAUCCGUCUUGCGCACCUCUUACUCGUCCUGUGUGCGUUAGCAGCAUUUUCCGGAUUUCUUCUCACCCGCUUUGGCUCCAUGAUCUUGGAUGACAACUUGCACCAGUUCCGUAACAAGGCCGAGGUCAAAGUCCAGGAUUCUGUCGCCUUCAACGCCGUAACACUCGUCGAGCCAACUGUAAGCGAGAGAAUGACCCUGGUGUUCGUCAUAUGCGAGAGCCAUUUUGAUCUUGGCAUCGUUGCUGUAAAAUCAGCUGUCGCCUACUCAACGUCAAGACUACACCUAGUCGUCAUCACAGAUAAACAGAACGAGGAAAAGAUGAGAAAUGAGUACUCCUCCUGGCCAGAUAGCGUCAGAAAACGUGUGAGCUGUGAGGUGAAGCUGGAGUGGUUCCCCAAAGAUAACUACCACACUUGGCGCUCAAUGUUCAGACCUUGCACAACUCAGAGGCUUUUCUUACCGCGUUGAAUGCUGGUUUGCUUAUGAUGAACCUUACGCGCAUGCGUGCGUUUGGCCUGGAGAGACGUGUACUGGAGCUCAAGCGGGAGUUCGAGGGCCGCAUUCCGUGGGCUGACCAGGAUUUGCUGAACAUCCUGUUCUAUCGAUACCCGCAAGGGAUAUUCACAUUCACCUGCCGCUGGAACUUCCGCGGGGAGCACUGCCAUGGUGACGCCCUUUGCACUGACGGCCCAGUGGCAGUGGUGCACGCCUCGCGCAAGAUGAUUCUGGAGAAGCUCGAGCCGGCAUUUGUCGUGCUCCAUCAGGCCAUGCAGAAGUUCAAGCUUGGACAAAGUCUCGUGGAUGACUUCAUUGUUCCUGUGAGAGAAGGCCUCCAGAAGGCGCGUCCGACGGGGUGCACCAAAGAGUUAACCAAGCAGCUGCCUCUACUUACGCUGUCUGCAAGUCGUGUCGACAACGUGACUGGCCGAGCUACGGCCGCGAAUAGAACGUAGCGGUGGAGUGCAUCUCCGUGCGGCUUUAGUGACGCUUACCGGUGGUUAUAUUCCCUCAUAAAUCAACUGUGCCCCGAUAGUUUUGUGACCACUGCUCGGUCAAAUGACCGCAGCAGUCGGUUGUUAAGAGGACGCUGUACCAAGAGCGAAACACUGAUGGAAUCUUCAAACGCAUGCAAAACGCUUAAAUUCUCUCCCAAAACUAACUGCUGAAUCGGCUUGAGUUAACUUUCUUGCAUUCAAGGGACGAAGUUGCAUUUUACAGGCAACAAGACGCAGAAUUUUCAUUUAAGGCAUCUUCAUUUUAAAAGAAAUUGCCAGAAAUCGGUAAGCUUCUAACAUGUAGAAGCACGACGCUUCCAUAUCCGCAACUUUCCACUGAGAACAGACGUCGCCAUUUAGUUCUACUCAUCAGUAGUAUAUCACAUAUUGGUCUGCGAUACAUCAAUUUUAUGCAAUGUAGAUAUCUUAGGUCAUCUUUACAAGAUAGAAUAUCUUUUUUUUUUGUUGCUGCGCUACAGAGUGUUAGACAUAAUGGUAUACAUGAUAGAGUGUGUAAGCGCGACUGAACGACGACCUAGAAAGAAACAGAUACACACAGACUGUGCUACUUUCAACUAAAGAUUCUAUUUUCGCACGCAUCGAUAAAUAUAUACCGAACGAGCGGUAACAAACUAGACAAUAAAAAAGAACAUAUAGAGGUGCAUGUCCAUGAACCGCACUGUUGCCCAAGGUAUGAUCAAAAACAUACACUGCAAUAGUUACAGCGACAAACCGACGAAUCGUAGCUCUUUCUUCAGAUAGCAACACUGUUGGCUUGAUCAAAACAAGGCAGAAUAACUACAGUAUUCAAAAAGGGUGACCGUACGUUGAACUCUACUUAUAGACGCGUUUGCAUUCGACCCUUUUUCAGCAAAGUUAUUGAACGGCUGGUAGAAAAGCGCCGAACUAUUUACCUGUCGAAAUUCAGUACACUUUUACCUUUCCGAUUGGGCUGCCGUAAGGGCUAUUCAACUGAACUUGCUCUCAUCGCCAUAAGUGAACAAUUAAAGAUGGCGAUUGGCAAAGCCAUGCAUGCUGUAUCAGUGUUAGUAGAUCUAACUAAGGCCUUCAAGGCAAUUAACCACUGCAUUUUGUCUUUUAAACUUGAAUCUAUCGGAACAACAGGUCGUAGCUGCUGUAAGAUUGACACAAAAUUAGUUAAAAGAUAGAACACAAAUAGUAAGAAUGAAUUAUGUUCUUCCUAAAUCAAUGAUAACAAGCUUUGGUGUACCACAGGGAUACAUAUUUGGCUCACUUUUGUUUGUAAUAUAUGUUAACUACCUACUUAAUUGUCAGCUUUCUCAUAACUGCAUCCUUUAUGCAGCUGACACAAAUAUCUUUAACUCUGACAAUUGUGUAAGUAAACUAGUUUCGAAACUUAACGCUGAGUUAACCAACAUGUUAAAUUGGCGCAACAUUAACCAGCUCGAUAUGAACCCUUCUGAAAGUAAAUCUGUUUUAAUCGCGUCCCAGCAACGCUCAUCCGCAUUCCUGCCUCCACUUUACCUUAGUGAUAAUCCCAUCGCCCUUACUUCUUCCUGUAAUUAUUUGGGAGUAGAAAUUGAUUGUAAUCUUAAAUUUCAUCAACACAUAGCCAACAUUAGACAGAAGGCAACCUACGGAACAAGGACACGUUGAAAAGCUCGCUAUGUAUAGAGCCAUGAAACAUUACUCUCUCUAUACUAUUCAUUUAUCCAUUCUCAUACAAACUAUUGCAAUGCAUGCGAGGGCAAUACGUAUGCUACCCACUUGCUAUCCUUACAAGUCUUGCAAAACAAAGUUGUUAGAAUAAUCAGUUUUCAUCCUAACCAUUGCAAUGCCAAACGGUUACUGCGUAACUAUAGCAUUCUUACUACAAACUCAUUAACUGUAUUCUUCGUACGUCUUUAUACCGACAACCAGCUGACUCUCACCGCAACAGUGUGAUACCUAGACCUUUUCUACUGAAUACCAAUCUUACGCGAAUUUUAUUAUUCUGAAGGUACCCUCCAAUUAUGCUAAGCAGAGGGCCCCCUCCUUUUUUCUUCUUUGGUUGUUUCUUUCUGGAACACACUACCUCCUACUAUUAAGUCAUGUAAAUCAUUUGAAUUCAAACAAAAACUGAAAAAACCAUAUUUUAGCAUCUGCAAUCACUUAGUUAUUUAUGUAUCUUUUUUUUUUCCUUUUCUGCCUCCAAACGUACACUUUGUUAGUACUUACGCUACACGAAUAAAAAUCUACCUGGUUAUGCCUCAUUAUCCAUUUCCUUCUAUAAAGGCGUUAUAGUUACUUCCACCUGUAUUGAUAUAUAUAUUUAUUUAGUCAAAUGCAAUAAUAAUGAUUAUGUCUCUAGUAUAUGGCGUACUUUUAUGUGCUGUAUGAAUUAACAAAUGUGCUUGCACGUUUGUAGCUGAUUUGCGUUAGUACUGUCAUAAACCAAUGUAUGUUUACGACUUUUUUUUAUUUUACAUUAAUCGUUGCACUUGUGGUUUAUACUUUUACUUAUGCGCUAUACAUAAGGUCCCAUUACAGUCUUUCACCGCGGGCCCUUCUCCUGUACACUGUUUCUUUGUGUGUGUAUCGUGUGUAAUAAUAAUAAAACCAAAUUAAUUCAAACCCUGAA